AAAAACCCAAAAACCUCAAAACACAUUGACAUCCACACAAGCAAUAAUGACCCACAAAACCAAAACCCUAAAUUUCCCGACGUCAUUCAUCCACAUUCUCGCAGCCCAUCUCCUCCUCCUCCUCCUCCCGCCCGCCGCCGCGCCGCUCCCCGACGACGUCACCACUCCGAUGACCACAAUUAUCCCGUCAAUUCCCGCCGCCGCCGCCGUACUGAACCCUACCGACGCCGGCCGGGACACCCCGACCAUCGUCAACCCGGGGAAUCCGGUGGUUACUCCGUCGCCGUCGUCGUCGGCGGCGGCGAGUGGUACGCCGUCGAAGAACUGGUGCGUGGCGAGCCAGGCCGUGUCGCGGGCGGCAUUGCAGGCGGCGUUGGACUACGCGUGUGGUCACGGCGGCGCUGACUGCUCCGCCAUCCAGCCCGGCGGGAGCUGCUACAGUCCGACGACGGUGCGCGACCACGCGUCCUAUGCAUUCAAUUCUUACUAUCAGAAAAAUCCGAUUCCGACCAGCUGCAAUUUUGGCGGCUCCGCCGUCACCACGAGCUCCGAUCCAAGUUAUGCCACGUGUCGCUAUCCAUCCAUCAGCACAACAUCCUCUCUGUUGAACACCACAAAUUCGAGCGGAUCUCGGGUUUUUGGGGCCGGCCCAAUCACACCAGCGACUUCCCAAGCGGCUGUUGCUAAGAACAUCGAUUAUACUCAUCAUUUUUUCGUAGCCCUUAUCAUUGUGAGCUCGAAAAUUUGUUAAAUUUUCGGAUCGGCAACCAACUGUCUAUAAAUUUUAGCCAAUUUUGUAUUUAGAGCAUCAAAGAGAAUCAAACAAAUAUUUAUACACACACGAAUGAAU